UCUUAUUACGUUUUCUUUCUUCAACUUCCAAUACAAAUGCAAUCAAAUCGAUCAGAAACACCAUCCCUCUUUUACGUUGCUGCACUACUUGCAACGAUACCAUUUGUGCUGCUUCUUGUGUGGCUGAAAUCCUAGGUGAGGUGGGCAUUGCCAUUGAUUUUGAGGGCUUGCACUUGUUCUUACAAAUUUGGAUUAAGGUGUUGCUAUUCAGAUUUUGGAAGAGAGGAAGUCCAUUGAUUUUUGCAAAUACCCCUUGUUUAUUCCUACUGAUCUUGAUUUGGAAGCCUACAUUGCUCAUAGGGUUUAUUAAUUUGGAAUUCUCUCCUGAAUCAGCAAUCUUACAAGUAAAUGACGCUAGAAAUGGGGUCACAAAAAAAGAAAGGACCUAGGACAAAUAUAAUGAAGAGUUCAUUUAUACCACCGGGUGCAUUAAGAAGGGCAAGGGGACAUGGACAUCAAUCAAGAUCAUUUUUACCUAUGACAUCCACACAAAGUCAAACUGCAUCAAUUGCACGUUGUUCGUUAGAGCCACAUAAUGACAACUCUCUUUUUCAAGAUGUUGAUCAUAGGGAAGAAGAUGGUGGAGUACAGGAACAAAUACCUGAACAAGUGCAUGAAGAUUUUGAUACUGCAGAAUGUAAUACAACAAGGCAACAUCAAAGUAAUAAUAAUCCAGCUCAGGAAGAAACACAAGAAGGUAUUUCCACUAUACAAAAGAAGAGAAAAACAAGAGGAAUGAACAAGGGUAAAAAGAUUGCAGCACUUAAGGAUGGAGAGAAACUGGAUGUGGUUUUUUAUAAUAAUCGAGUUGUUGGAGAAAAUCAUGCAGAAUGGUCAAGACAUUUGGGCAAAAUAGUGCGUGACCCAAACAUUUGUCCAAUAAGAGUGCACUCAUGGAAGCAAAUUGGAGAAGAUGCAAAAGAUCAUAUGUGGGAUUCAGUCAAGGAGAAAUUUAAAAAUGUUGACAUUGAGCUAUAUCGAGAAAAGACUUUAGAGCAUAUGAAUCAUUUGUGGAAUAAUUGGAGAGGGGAUUUGAAACGCCACAAUAUAAAGCCUUGUGGUUCUUUUCCAGAGAUGUUGAAAAAUGUUCCUCAAGGGAUGCAUCAAGAAGAUUGGGAGUGGUUAGUUAAGAACCAUUUUUGCACCAAAAAAUUUAAGGAAACAAGUGUUCGAAACUCUGAAAAUAGGAAAAAUUUAACUAUGCUUCAUCGUACUGGUAGCAAACCUUACAGACAAAUUAUCUAUGAUUUGGGAGGCAAGGAUGGCAAUCCACCAGACAUUGGAACUAUAUUCUUUGAAACUCAUAAGAAGGGUGCAAAUUUGGUUGACUCUAAUGUUCAAGAGAAAUAUGAUCAAAUACGUGAUGUCAUCCAAUCCAACCCUUCUUUGUCUCAUAUGGAGGUUGUAGAACAAUGUUUUGAAACACGACAUCGUGAUCAAGUUAUUGGUUAUGGGGGUGGAAUAAAGGCAAAAGAAGUUAAGAAAUCUCAUUCCAACGUUGGCCUUCAAGAGGAGAAUCGAUUGCUUAAGGAUCGUUUGUCUGAAGUAGAAACUAGGAUGAAAUACCUGGAGGACUUAUUAUUGAGCCAAUACUCUAAUGCUCCAUCUAGAACUUCUCUAUCUACAGAUCAAUCUACUUGAUUGUGAUAAGAUGUGAUUAUGCAAAUAGUGAAAGCAUUGAAGUAAUUUUUUUGGGUGAAGGUGUUCAAAAGUAACUUAGAAGAUAUUGUUGAAUUUUAUUUCAGCCUUCACGUAUUUAUAGUUUUCUUAUUGACAUAAACAAAUUAAGUGUAAAUAAUUAAUAUUAAACCGACAUUUGAGACGGUUGUUAUGACAUUUUUCAUAUUGAUGUAUGAAUGUUAUUUUAUUUAUG